ACCCAGUAGUGUUACUUUUAUUUGGCGCACGAAGGGUGGCAGAUUACGUUCGGAGUGCGGAAUCGUCGCGCAAUAGCAGACAUCGGAUAUCAGUUUGGAAAGCUUCUGCAGCCAGGUUACAAGGCUGAGAAAGUCUCGUCAUCGUGGAGCUUUACGAUUCGGCAAGACCCUUAACUCGUCAGUGCAGAUCUGUCGAUAUAAGGAGAUCAAGUUCAACUCGGCAGCAGUCCAAAGGCAGCGCUAUUCGUUUCGCUCCAAAGACCUCGACGACAUUAAGAGUCUUUUCAUCGGAGCGACUUUCAAUUAGCUCAGUGCCUUGAAACGCGUCCUUAGAGGCGUCGAUCGCAGCUUGUCCGAAUUCCUACAUCUGCACGGGGUAGGACUGAAAGGCGACGAAGCGAACACACUGGCACUUAGUAGUAGCGUAGUGGCUGAGCACUGAGAAACACGAGUCUCUCGAGAUGGCAUUCCCACCGAGGAUCCUUCGUCAUCGGCCCUACCUCUUCGUGAUCGCGACGGCGUUGAUCAUGUGCGGGCACGUAGCGGGGUCCGCGAACGUUGAUUUUCCAUCCAAAAUAGGAGACAUCGAUGCAGGGAGUGUGGACUCGGGACCCGUAGCCUGGGAGCCGACAUCGACAGCGCCGAGCACGACGACGACCACAACGACACGUGCGCCGAACAUGAUGGAUAGAGCUCGGAAACUGAUAGCCGAGGCCAUGCGAUCGGCCGAAGGCUCGCCCCUGUUGCGUCGACUCAUGAGGACAGAGGUGUCGCCCGAGUGCACCAUAGGCCUGCUGCGGUUCAUGCGUGACAUGCGGAACCUCGAGCCAUGGGCUGUCAGACUGAUCGACGCCAGCGGCAAGUACCCCACCGGGCUGUUCCAGGGCACCAUCUCUGACAUCGGCGCGUACGACGAGUGCGUCGAGACGGUGGUGCACGACCAGUUUGGUCACGUGACUGUGAGCGGACAGUACUGUAACAUGUACAUCAAGCUCACCAACGACACCUCCGUCCUGGACCACAUGAUGCCUGCCUUCCUCAUGACCAACAGGCGGACUACGGAGCUCUUCCAACUUCUCGAUGACGAGCGUGUGAGAGGCCUGCGUGUGGGGAUAUGCACCAUGUCUGACUGCUCGAGAGAAGACAUCCAGGCCAUUGCGAAUACGAUUAGCGAAGGAAUAGCCAAGGUCACAGUGAACGACUGCGUCACUGGGGAGCCUGUACCCAUCUCGGACUUGCAGAUAACGCUCAUAGCCCUUCUAGGUGUGAAUGUCCUCUUAGUGGUCUUCAGCACCUUGUUCGACAUGUAUGCCAAGAAGAAAAACAUGAAGAGAACGAUUGUGGUGAAGCUUAUGAGUGCCUUCUCGGUUCCUCGAAAUACACACACUCUGCUCUACGUAACGAGGAACAGCAGCUCUGAGGCGUACUGCUAUCGGUUCCUGCACGGUCUUCGCUUCUUCAGCUUGUUCUGGAUCGUGCUCGGCCAUUCAUCCAUGGCGUUCGAUCCCGUCAUCUCGAGGUUUGCCAACGUCCUGGAGGCCACGGGAACCUGGUUCUACUGCACCUUUUCAACGGCCUUCCUCAGCGUUGACACGUUCUUCUUCCUGAGCGGAUUUCUCUUGGCUUACAACGUGAUCAAGGUUGAUUUGGAUGCCUGGAUCAUCAUUGCGGUCGCCUUGACUCGUCGAAUUAUCAGGGUAAUGGUUCCUGUCACCUACGUAAUCUUGGCCUUCUUCCUGGUGCCCCUGUUCUACUCGGGUCCCAACUCUAAGCUGCUCUUCGACAGUUACAACAAAGAAAUUACCAGCCGCUGGUGGCAACUGCUCCUACAAGUCCGCAACUUCUACAACUCAACUGAUAUGGAAUGUUUUGCCCACCUGUGGUACCUGUCUACUGACUUCCAGCUGUUCGUGGUCUGCAUAUUUGUCCUGGCUCUGCUGAGGAAGCGGCAAACUUUGAUGAUGUGGACCUUCCUGGGGCUCUCCCUCUUCUGCAGCAUAUUCUCUGCUUGGCAAAUGCAGACCGGAAAAUAUCUACCGGUCAUCCCGUCGGUGGUUGGAGAUCUCACGACUAUGGCAAACACAUUCAAUGAGGUCUACAUGAUGCCGUCGUUCCACGGAGCGAGCUACUUCUUGGGAUGCGUCACCGUACUGUACCUGCAGAAGUACAGGAAGGCUGAGAUGUCACGGGCUACCGAGGUGGUGCUUUGGUGCGCCAGUGUUGCCUGUGCGCUGACCUGUGUCCUAGCUCGUCGACGCUGGAACGCCGGCAUUGUGAACCCUGGUGCGUGGGAGGACGUGGCGUUCGCCUUCUUCGACCGACUGCUGUGGUCUGCUUUCCUCAGCUGGCUAGUCAUCGCCUGUGCCCGUGGCCGAGGAGGCUUCGUCGGCAGGUUCCUGUCGUGGGGCGCUUUCGUGCCUCUGAGCCGGCUGUCAUUCGGCGUGUACCUCGUGCACCUGCCGUACUUCGUCGUCAUGUGCUUCGUCGCCAGGGAGCGCAUUUACUACUCUAUGCUCGGAGUGAUAUCAACGACGUUCUCGAUCUUCGUAUGGAGCUGCUUGUUGAGUUAUGGCAUUUUCGUUCUGUGCGAAUGUCCGACGGGCGUAAUAGAGAAGACCUUCUUGGCCUUUAACGGAAUUGAGAAGACCAUACACGGGAACCAGCACUUCAGGCACGGUGGUGCGAGCCGCAACAAGGGCUGGGCGUCGGCCGCAAACGGCAAGAAGCAGCCGCCCAUCAUACCCACGGUCGUCGUGGGGCAGGAGCAGCUUUCAGCGGCAGCCGCUGGCACCGCGCCGCCGGAGACCGUACCGCAGUCGUGUCGUUUAUGAGCGACUAGGACAUCAUCACGAUAUCUCAUUGAUGCGAACUUCAUUUUUUUUCCCAUUUGCGUCGGGGAAAGUCUGUGUUACGCUUUUCGCGACCACUCCUCCCACUCCACGGUGUGUCGACAUGACGGGCAUCCUGAACUUCGUCGUGUGGCCCUUUUCGGUGCCCUCACAAACUUUAGGAGUGUGUGUGUGUGUGCGUGUUUGUGUGCGCGGGUUACGCACCCGACCGGAGGUGUUGAAAACCCGAAGCCAAAGACGGGCCAGCGAAAGAACACCAGUGACCUUCGAGUGAGAAGAAAAAGUUUGCUGGUCUUGCUGAACACUGGCCAGUGGCAGCUGUUGAAAGCGUGUACUCUUGGACUGUGAAAUUAUUUAGAACGGGUCUUUCCUAUUGUUGUGUCUCUAAAGGGCAUCGGCUGAUGUUAUUUGCCGCCUGAACAUUUUGAAGGCAAGAUAUUCAGGAACGAUGUUUUCACAGUGUCGAAAAUGACUGCGAGUCAUGACGCGUUGAGUUUUAGCCAAGCUUAUAUCACCGUAUUAUUCAUUGCAUAUAUUCAUCAUAAAAAAGGGCCCCUACGGAACUCCCUGUCACAGCCUUCUGGGAAAGCUGUUUAAUGAGUCUGCUAGUUGCAUGAGAGUAGUGGGUACAUUCCUGCAUGGUUGUUUAAAGUAAAGGGCGCUCCUUUCCCGUUGUGCACUGAGUGCAAUGAACCUGGGGAUAUACAUCACUACAUCUGUUCCUCUAAGCGCUCUUGCUCCGAAAGGGAGACACUAAUGGACGCUAUGAAGAAAAGAGGGUUUCCCCAUGGAUGCUGUGAAGACAUUGUGUUUCCGGCAGGUUUGUGGAUGGUUCGCAAGGAAGUGGCUAUUAUACUUUUACGCUUUCUACGAGAGACGUGCUUAAGUGAUGUAUGGUGAGGCAUACUACAUGGAAAGAGUCGCUCAGGCGGAGCAAUUGCCGGCCAGGUAUGCCAGGCUAACACCGCCUGUGGCAACAUCACCAUCACCACCACCUCUUUACGAACCUUCUUUGCUGUCUGUAUACGCUGAGCAGUGAGAAGAAAAAUAAGUGUUUUGUACCUUGAAGUGAGAAGGUCGGAACACUGAUAAAAAAAUCUCACGUUAAAGAGCAGCGCAGCUUUAUACAGGGUAUUUAUCAAGAGUUUUGUGUAUAUAAUCGUAGACGAUGCUCACAGGCACACAACGCGCGGACUGCCUAUAAUGGACAGUGCUGCCUGGUCGAUGAAGGCAUGUUCUGAAUAUUCACUAGUCUCUCUUAUCCCAGCACAUCUGGGAGAACUCGUUUCUUGUGAUUCCACUGUAUUUUCACUUGUCAACCUUAGCCAUGCAUUCGUACGUGAAACCGCCUUGAUUUAAUAGCUUAUUCGGCUUUUUGAAAUGCAGCAAAUUAAGAUGCUCUAUUGAACCAUUGUGAAUAUUUUAUACAUGCAAUACCUUUCUGUGAAAAAAAAUCUCCUUUAUCCAAACAUUGGCGGUGAAAUAAACUCGAAUAUAUGACUCAACGU